AUGUUCCAACCUCGUCGUGGUUUCAGUUGCCAUUUGGCAUGGUUCAUGCUGCAGACGUCCCUCUACGCAUCCUGGCUACUGGGACUGUUCCCCUUUACUUUCGAUUCCCGGAGAAAGCAGUUGAAACGCUCCCGAUGGCUUCUACUCUACGGUUUCAUUCUAAAUUCUCUGGCCAUGUGCCUAGCCUUGAGUAGCCACCUGGCGUCUAAGCAGCGAAGGAAAUACAAUGCAUUCGAUCGCAAUCCGCUGUUGGAGAAAAUAUAUCUGCAGUUCGAGGUUACUGCAUUCUUCACCAUAAGCGUACUACUGCUCAUGAAUGUUUGGAAAAGCAACACGGUUCGGGAAAUUGCCAAUGAACUACUCACCCUAGAGGACCAGGUAAAAGACCUUCUCACUCCGAAGAAUUGUCCCAACUUUAACUGUUUCGUGAUUAAAAAACAUGUGGCUGUAAUAGGUCAGCUCAUGAUUUCAAUUUACUUCUGUCUACGCCAAGAAAAUUCGUACCCGAAGAUCCUUAAGAUCCUUUGCUACCUGCCAUCGGUGGGCUCGCAAUUGAUUAUAAUGCACUUUCAUACCGAAAUCAUUUUGGUCUAUCGCUAUGUGUGGCUGGUCAAUGAAACCCUCCAGGAGUCAAGCCAUCUGAGCUCCUCAAGAAUUCGCGCACUCGCAUCCUUGUACGAUCGCCUGCUGAAGCUGAGUGAAUUGGUGGUAGCGAGCAACGAUUUGCAGCUGAUCCUUAUGCUAACUAUAUAUUUAAUCGGAAACACUGUGCAAAUCUAUUUCCUCAUAGUGCUCGGAGUGAGCAUGAACAUGCGGUAUAUUUACUUAGUGGCUUCCCCCCAAUUGAUCCUUAAUAUUUGGGAUUUCUGGCUGAAUAUCGUGGUGUGCGAUCUCGCCGGAAAGUGUGGAGAUCAGACAUCAAAGGUCCUGAAACUGUUCACUGAUCUGGAGCACGACGAUCAGGAGUUGGAGAGAAGUUUGAAUGAAUUUGCAUGGCUGUGCACCCACCGCAAGUUUCGGUUUCAGCUGUGUGGUCUCUUUUCCAUUAACUACAACAUGGGCUUUCAAAUGAUCAUCACCAGUUUUCUUUACCUGGUUUACCUGGUUCAGUUCGACUUCAUGAACUUGUAAAGUUGUCUUUACAGCGACAAAUAAAAUGUUUAGGAUAAGCUAAAAGUCUAUCUUUAACUAUUACCGAACAAUUCCCCCUUAAAUUCGAGAGUAGUGUGUGACAUUAUUAUUUUCCUGCCAGGAGCGUGACAUCCGCGACAUAUACUUUCGCCGAUUCGUGAGUGAUACGUGAUUGGAAAUAAUUUAAGAUGCUGCGAUAAAGCAAUUUGCGCAAAUUUAAGAUGAAAGAGGCGACGGACGGGACACAGCCACAGCCAAACGCACAUAAAAUGGAAGCAUUUUCACAACUGUCAUUGAAAUGUCAACAUAAAUCUACUGACAUCCAGUGCCAGGUCCUUUUCGUCCUGUUCGUCCUGCGCUCCUUUCGCCAUUUCUCCGCUUCCCCAGUUCUCCGCCGCCGCUUUCCCAGCGACUUUUGCGCGCUGCGUGACGUAAAUGCUGAUGAAUAUUUCUCAUCUGUUGGCUGCGGUUCUCCAGCUGAAGUGGGGCGCGUUGGAGGAGGAGGAGCUGCCUGGUGAUGCGGAG